AAUUGGGCGGGGCUCCGAGCGAGGCGGAGCCGGGGGACAACACGAGGUGCGCGCCGGGAAGGAGAGCCGGGAGAUGCUCCGCUGGGCCAGCGCCUGGAGGCUCCCCCAUAGGGGCCUCGGCCCCUCCAGUCCCAGCUUCUCCAGAGUGCCUGUCGCACCCAGCAGCAGCCAAGGCGGCACCGAGCCGAGGCCGGUGCCGCUUUCCUACAGACUUCUGGACGGGGAGGCAACCCGCCCGCCCCUCGUCUUUCUGCAUGGGCUCUUCGGCUGCAAAACCAACUUCAACUCCAUCGCCAAGGCCCUGGCCCAGCAGACCGGCCGGAGGGUGCUGACAGUAGAUGCUCGGAACCAUGGUGACAGCCCCCACAGCCCAGACAUGAGCUACGAGGCCAUGAGCCAGGAUCUGCAGGACCUCCUGCCCCAGCUGGGCCUAGUGCCCUGCGUCCUCAUUGGCCACAGCAUGGGAGGCAGGACAGCCAUGCUGCUCGCACUUCAGAGGCCAGAGCUGGUGGAGCGCUUGAUUGCCGUGGACAUCAGCCCAGUGGAGAGCCCGUCCAGCUUGAACUUUCCAAACUACGUGGCAGCCAUGAGGGCCAUAGACAUCCCCGAUGAGGCGUCCCUCUCUGGUGCCCGAAAACUGGUGGAUGAGAAGCUCAGCUGUGUUAUCCAGAGCAUAAGUAUGCGGCAGUUCCUGCUCACCAACCUGGUGGAGGUGGACGGGCGCUUUAUGUGGAGGGUGAACUUGGAUGCCUUGGCCCAGCACUUGGACAAGAUCUUGAACUUCCCACCACGACGAGAAACCUACUCUGGGCCAUCCCUCUUCCUCCUGGGUGGAAACUCUCAAUUCGUGCUUCCCAGCCACCACCCUGAGAUUAGACGGCUCUUCCCUCGGGCCCAGAUGCAGACCGUGCCUAACGCUAGCCACUGGGUCCACAGCGACUGCCCGCAGGACUUCAUGGCUGCAGUCCGAGACUUCCUGGCCUAAGAAAGGCCAGAAGGGGACACAAAACCCCAGGCUUCAAGGCCCUGCGGGCUGCUCCUUGUUUCUGCACAGAAGGACUCAGGUGGGCACUGAGAGGGCACAAGGAUGCGUCGGGGGUGUGUCAGACCUUAAACUUUAAUGAAUAAAGUUACUCUUCCCAAGG